UUGCUACACUGCCGUCAAGUGCUAUGCCGUAGUCCAGUUUCUGGUCUAAGCAGCAACAAUGAUGUGGUUAAAGUGUAUUUUCGCAUUUUCGUGUGUAAUAUUUUUCUUCGGACGACGAGCUGUCGCCGCUCUUCAGGACGUGACAUCGGAUUUAUUUGGAUCUGAAUUUCAUGGCACUGUCGCUGCCUUCGGGGAUUUUAAUUCGGAUAAACAAACAGACAUCUUCAUCAUCCGAGAACAUUCUGAAGUGAUAAUCUUCCUGGCUGAUCUGAAGAUCCCAUACUUCAAACCAAAAGUUAAUCUGUCCAAAGAGCUCUUCCCGGACGUUAUCAUUAGCAGUGUGGUGCCUGGAGACUAUGAUGGCGAUUCGCAGAUGGACGUCUUGCUCACGACCUACCCGAAGGGAAAGAAUACAGAGGAGACCAAAGUUACCAUUUACUGGGGAAAUAAUCAAACUUUAGAUAAAAAUGGAAAAAUUGAUCUGAACAUAACGUUUUUGGAUGAGCCCCUGGUCAUGGAUUUUAAUGGUGAUAUGAUUCCAGACGUAUUUGGUACCAAUACAGACCAUUCACCACGGGCGUGCUACUUCAAACAAAAGAAAGUAGUAUGUGAAGCAGCCCUUGAACCAACUAUCUCAAUGUACACCCCACAUUCCAAUGCAUUCAUUGACCUCAACAAAGACUUCACAGCGGACCUGUUCCUCACGGUGGAGGAUGGGUUCCAGACAUGGAUCAAUCAGAACGGAAACUUCACCAAAAGCUGGAAGACCAGCCUCCCAGAUGGCGUGAAGGUCAUCGGCCAGUCUGCUUUCGUGGACUUUGAUGGGGACGGCUCGCAGGACCACCUGCUGCCAGUGUGUCAUGACGCAGAAUGCAAGAAAAGCACCAUCUACCUCUCUAAGCCUGGGGACCAUCAGUGGCUGCCCAUCCUGACGGAUUUCCAGCGGAGGGAUACGCUGUGGGGCUUCGUCCCUCCCCAGUCCAAGCGCGAGCUGCGGUUCCCCAUCACCCUCCACCUUGGGGACUACAACCUGGAUGGCUUCCCGGAUGCCCUGGCUGUCCUGAGGAACACCAGCGGAAGUCUCAGGACCCAGCAGGCCUUCCUCCUGGAGAACGUGCCAUGCGAUAAUGCCAGCUGCCGGGCCGCGGGUCGGGCCUUCCGGAUCCACUCGGACCUUGGCGCUGUGGGCGGGGCCGCCGCUGUGGCAACCUUCUUCGACAUCUACGAGGAUGGAAUAUUAGACAUGAUUGUGCUCAGCCGAGAGGAAGACAAAGGCGAGCUCACCAUCUCUGCUCUCAAAAACAACUUUGAGGCCGACGCCUACUUUGUUAAAGUCAUCGUGCUCAGCGGCCUGUGCUCCAACAACUGCCCUGACAAUGUUAAGGUGAGUUGGGGGGGGGGGCAAUGGACAGGUCCCGUGCUCAUGUACACUUCUAUCCGAAACGAUUUGAACCAGUAUCUUCGUAAUGCAUUAGCCGGCCAGCUCAGCCAAUCAGCCCACCUGUCUCUGCAGCUGCCGUACGCUGUGCUCGGUCUGGGUCGCAGCGCCAACUUCCUGGACCACCUCUACGUGGGCAUCCCCCGUCCCCCUGAAACCAAGGAGAUACGCCAGCAGGAGUGGACCGCCAUCAUCCCCAACUCACAGCUCAUCGUCAUCCCGUAUCCACACGACGUCCCUCGCAGCUGGAGUGCCAAACUGUACCUGACCCCCAGUAACAUCGUGCUGCUCACUGCCAUUGCCCUCAUCGGAGUGUGCGUCUUCAUCCUCAUCAUCAUUGGUAUCCUGCACUGGCAGGAGAAGAAAGCGGAUGAUCGGGAAAAGAGGCAGGAAGCCCAUCGUUUUCAUUUUGACGCCAUGUGAAUGGGAGGCAGGACGGCACACCGGAGCAUGGGGGGGUUGACCAUGAAGACACCCCCAAGGGAUUAUGGGAAAGGGUUCAUCUGUCUCAUGUAGUCUGUUCAACUGGAAUGUUUUUUUUCCUAAUUUAUUUUUUUUUUAACUAAGAUACCACGAUGAAUUUGCAUGUCCACAGUUCAUUCCCGCACCAGCAAGGGGCUUCAGAUUAUCCGGUUCCUUAUUUUUUCCCUGCUUUGGUCCUGCUGCUGCCAAUCGAAGGCCGGCAUCGUAAAUGCUUCCCCCUAACCCCAGGCUUCCUGCUGGACAUCUCAUGUCUAUGCUUUUGUAAUAUAUUGGUAUCAGUGUAUAUGCAUAAACGCUGUGAAGUUUACAUUGACCUGGACUGGCAGUGCCAUUGAAUGGGUACUGUUAUUUAUGUCUGUAUUUAUGUUUCCAUGUUUUGCACUUUUCCCCAAGUGGUGUAUAUUUUUGCAGUGGCCCCCUUGUCUGUCUUUCAUCCGGGCGCCGGGUCCUCUUACCAGCCCCCCCCCCCUGCUCCCUCCCCAGCUUAGGUGACUUGAAUCACGCCAGCGUAUUGCCAAGUUAUUGUGUCCCAUAUCCUAAUACGUUUUUGGAACCGCUAUUAAGGUGUCAUGGUGUGUGUGUGUGUGUGUGUGUGUGUGUGUGUGGGGUGGGGGGUCCCCUCACUGCUAACGUUUUAUGAUGAAAGGGUCAUCAAUAACAUGCAUCUGCAAAAUUAACACUAUAAUAAAGUAAACUUUGAGUUUUCACUGCGCAGUCAGGAAAAGAAGAGUGUCAAUUUGUACCUUUGCUUGUCAAGGGUCUGCCAGUUGUACCCUAACUGUAGGUAAAUGUGGCUUUUAGUCUAAAUUAAGGUACAUAAAUGGACUCUGGGAUACACACAACAUGAAUGUACCCUCAAUGGUAGCGCCAUUUCUGUAUCUUAAAAGGUACAAGUGCCUACGGCUAGGGUACAGUUAAUAACAGCCCCAGUGACAAGGUACAAAUUGGUACUUUUUCUGACAUUGUAAAAAUGUAAGAAACUUCUGUCAUACACUAAGUAUUUCACAUCUACGUUUUGCAAUGGAUAGUGUUGGGACCAUAUUCGAGAUUGAAAUUUUUCUGAAGAACUGUUUCUUUUUUCCGACGUUUAACUUUGAAAAUAAACUUUCCCCGAUAAAUCGAACUGUGCAAUAAAAUGUGCUUGACCUACUGUAACUGGCUUUAAAAGCCGUGCCCUUUGUAAAAUCCAGCCGCUUCGUUUCCCACAAAGGCUGUUUGUCAUGUCCUCUCACUGUGUAAGGUGUUACUGGGUAGACGAACUACUGCAUGUGGCAAAACCGUAACAUUAAUGUUUAAUUUUGUGUUUUGACCUUAAAUUGGUGUGCACAUCAUUUAUCGUAUAUUUUUACUUGUAAGUGCUGGAAGGAAAUGUAAAUUGAAACUGUUGAUGGAAUGAGUGAUUUGAGAAUUAAAUCGAAUUACAAAACAUU